CCGCAAUAUCCUCAUGAUCAUGACAUCCUCAUCCGCCUCAUCCGUCUCUGAAGUUGAGGACCCUAUCGGCGCCGAACUCGACGCCGAAAUCUCGUCCCUGAAAUCCCAAAUAUCAACCCUCAAAUCCCAGCGCGCGCUCCAGGCGCGCCAUAUCCUCUCCUCUCACACCACCCACGCCAUCCUCUCACGACUCCGCGCCUCCAAACCCGCGCCUCCCUCCUCAUCAUCCAACCCCACCUCCUCCGGGCCUCCAGACGUCUCCCCUCUCCUCCAGACCUCCUCCCAGCAGCUUGCGCACAACCAAGAGAACCUCUACCGAGCAUGCGCCAGCAUCACGACAUUUCCGAUCCAGGACCCUGACCCGAACGCCGUGGACCACGGCAAGGUGCUCGGGAUCCGGAUCGACGUGUCGAGCUUGGGACGCUUCGCGCGGCCGUAUUACGUUAUGUUGAAUAAACCUUGUGUCGGGGAGGACGUGCUGAGGGUCCAUCGCCAUACGAUCCCGCCUUGUAUCCCGGUGGCGGCGCUGGCGGCGAGGUAUCUUCCUAUUGCGAAGGGGGCGGGUGAGGAAGGGGGAGCGAAGGGGGCGAGGAAACAGAAUCUGGGAAAGUUCAUACGUGCGCUGAGGAGGGAGAUCGUGGCGUAUCAUAACCGGACGACGGUGAUCAAGAGUCUGCGUAGGGAUUUCAAACUCGAUGAGGAUAGAGAGAAGAGGGGGAAGGGGAAGGGGAAAGAGAAGGAGAAGAUCAUCGCUGAUAUUAGCGCUGCCGAUGCGGAAGCAAAACAGGUCCGUAUUGAGUGGGUCGAUGGUAAGAUUGGACGCUGUGUUGUUGGGGAGAGCGGGAUGGUGGAGAAGUGCGUGGUGAUCGGUGAGCAGGGCCGCGAUUGGGAGGUCGAGAGGCGCAUUCUAGGCGGCGACAAGGGAGAUGCGAGCAUGCGGGGUAUUGGGGAGAGACUGCGGGAGGGCAUUUAUUGAUUGGGCAUUGGGUGGCGUUUUGCUAAGGCCAGGCGUUGGAGGGAGAUUUGUCUGAUACCCUGAAUGGUUACUGUUCCACUUUCAGUUCCCAUCUCACUUCCCAUCCCUAUUAGAUCAUACGUGGAUCGUAGGCCUAUGGACGGA